AUGGAGCCCUGGCUCGCUCUCUCCUCAUCACCAAAAGGUGGGAAGAUCCACCCCGGCCCCGUGUGGGGCAACUUCCCAUUUCACACGGGUGUUUUGCUUGGAACAGGCCCUGAAUCAGGACGAGAGCGCGACGACUGGAUAGCACAUGCUCGCUCUUAUCAAAUUCAACGGAUACCUCUCGCUCCACAAGCCCACCGUCGGCGCUACCUCAACUUUGACAGCAGCGUUUCUAUACUCCGUACGGAGCACGCAGUGCGCAUCUGCUUCAUUUGUUUCGACAUCGUGUUUCUUGGCCGCUGCGGCACCGACUCUUAUAGCGCCCCAUACGAAUGCUGCGUAGGCACUCCUCGUACUCUGUACAAAGUCACACCAAUCAUCUGGCCAUGGGUCUUGCACUCGUACCCCCAAGAACCGACCUCCAUCCUCGAGGCUGAGCGCCAGCUUGACUCCCGACGCCCGGCGGCUAUUGAACAACCUGUCAAGCUACGUAGGAAUCAAGCUCCCUUUUGA